CAACGCAAUGCAUACUAAUAUCCCUGUUAAGCUUUGGUCAUGCUUGUAAGCUGAAGAAUUAAGUUUAGUUCAGUCUGGUCCUGGUCUCCUGAAGUGUGAAGUACAAAUAAAGAAACUAAAGAACAACCUUGCGUCUUGUUAGACAACACUACAAUUGGUGAACAAUAGACGACACUGGAGGCCCUUCUGGGAUUCGAACCCAGGCUCCCCGUUAACCAAACAGGUCCCGCAGAAGAAAAUAGCAGUAAAAGAUGAUGAUAAUCUUGGUUUUGAUGAUGUUAUUAGGGGUUAGUAACGCCAUUAAGGUUAAAGUCGACCCACUUAAUGGAGUUAUUUUCAACCCCACUGCACAACUUGACCUAUCCGAGGAAAGCUUCAUAUACACUUUAGGCAUUGAGUGGCCUGAAUCAUAUGAUGGUAGAGUUGUCCCAACCUUUGAUUGUGUUAAGGUAGAGACUGGACAAGUAUUGAGAACUUCUGGAAGUCCAGCAACUAUGGUGCAGACAAUGAAUCUUUGGCUAGAAACCUGUAGGGCAGCCCAGUCUUACGCUAUGACGAUCUCAACUGACAUUGACAGCAUGAAUGAGAACCUGGCCAAGUUAACCCUAGGGGCAAAAAUGUCAUUGCCUAAGAUUGAGCUGGCCAAAG